CUAGUAUUACAGGCCAACUACGCAAGAUCGCAGCGAUCGAAGGAUACGAAGAAUGGGGCGAACAAGGUACCAUGUGGAAGUUACCGCAACUACGAGCGACAGCGACGAUGACAAGAGCGACAACGGCAGCAAAUAGCGAGAUAGCGACGACGGCGACUAGACCUAGCGCAGGUCAAUGGCCAGUCGAGAUCGACUGUACUGUUCGAUGGGAACAAGGUGCCCCGAGCGCGGGUACUGGGCUCGACAGCCCAAGGUUUCGUUCUGAUUCCAUAGCGUUUUGCUUACAAUUACUCUGUCCUAGGGAAAAUGGCUAUAUACGACGAAGGCCGAAUGAUGCCCAGACGACCGCGGUACAAAGAACGACGGCGGUGGCAAUGCGUGACACAGAUCAAAGGCCGCGCGACGCUAGAUCAACUAUUCGAUGGAGACGAUGCGCGACGAGCGCGGGUACAGAGCUUGACAGCUCACAGGUUCGUUUCGAAAUCGGAACGUUCGACUUGCGUCUAUUCUACACUAGGGAAAACGGCUAUUCGAGACGACAUCCAAGCUACAUCCAAGCGACUGCGAUACGAGGGACUACGACGAUCUAUGAGGAAACACAGCAGACCGAAGGCUCGAAACUAGCGACAGCAACAGCCACAGGAGCGACAACGACACAAGCGACGACGACAACGACAAGACUUGAUGCAGAUCGACAGCUGUGCGAGGCCACAAUGGCCAUUCGAUGGAGGCAAAGCGCAACGGAUGCGGACACAGAGCUCGAUAGCUCGAGGUUUCAGUUUGGUUUUAGGACGCUUUACUUAAAUCUUUGUUAUUCUAGGGCAGACAGAUAUCUACGACGAAGUGUGAUCGCAGCGCGGGAAUCCAUGACAUACUACGAACGAAAGACGCGCGAACAUACUGCGGAACGAGUACCGAGACUCCCGUUGGAACCACGACCGCGACCGUCGAGGAUACGAGAGCACGCGCAACAUGCGAGAGACAUGGGGAUCACACGGAGCGAGCUCAAUAGCUCGACAUUUCAUUUUUACUUCAGGAUGCUUUACUUACACCUAGGUUUAUAUAGGGAGAACAGUUAUCUACGACGAGAUGUGACCGGUGUUCCAGCGAUCGCUAUAUGAGAGACCACAGCAACCUACGAGAAGAGACAAUGGAGAGUCGGUGCGAAGAUAUGCGAUGCGAUACGACGGUGCUACUACGAAUGGGGCGAGCGAGCUGGACAAAGCGAAAAGGCGCCCGACGAUGAGUUACAAGCAGUCGUGCAGUGUACACAACGACACCCGAGCAAUCUAAGUACGACGGCGCUGGGUUCUGACAUCGAUGGAUGGCGUUUUGAG